AUGGGCAACCAUACUGGUAGCUUGUUUGGAACAAGUAACCUUGUUGGAAGAGUAGAACCAUGUUCCCCUGUAAAGUGUAUAUUGAUUCACUGGAACACGUUGAAACCCAUCGUAACAACCAACAUUGUUUUUAAAAAGGAAAAGCUGAAAACCCUUUGUAAAUUCAUCUGGCCAACCUACUACAUUGGUCCUAACGAAGGAACCUGGCCUCCAGAAGGAAGCCUUGAUUUAGAUUUCAUCAAAAAGUUUACUGAUUUUUUGGCUACCAUCAGACGAACUGAAGAGGAACUCUAUGUUGGUUUCUUUUUUAACCUCCUCUACCGGCCAGACAUUCGGAGAGCAUAUGGGCUCAAUCCAACACCCUCUUCUAGAAUUUGCCCCCUUGUCACUUUUAAAAAAGGAAACAAACUGGCCAAAGUGACUGAAGAGGAAGAAGAGUUCCCCCCACCAUAUUACGCUGUUCCUCCUUCCCCUAAUGCAGAUGCUGCGCCCUUAUUGGUGCAAACGCCUCCAGCAGCAUCCCAGCCUGCCUCCCAGGAACAGGCAAUCCCAACAGCACCUCAACCCGGUUUGCAAGAACCAGAGCUCCCAUCGACACCACUGCUGUCCCAGCCUGUUUCACAGGAUUCAACACCCCAAGCAGCUCAAUCUUUGUAUCCGGAACUGUCUGCUCUAAGCCCCCCUCACACCAGGACUGGACUAACCUACAUGCCUGCCAGUCUACCAGGUCCUUCAAUCCUAGCCCCACUUAGGCAGGUUCCCAUGAAAGAUCAACUGGUGUUUGUCCAUACACCGUUUACCACCAAUGAUCUUUUCAACUGGAAAGCAGGACUUCCACCUUACAGGGAAUCCCCCCAGAGCUACGUAGAACUUUUUCAACGUGUGAUAGCCACCCAUCGACCUAAUGUGCCUGACCUUUUUACUCUCCUGUCAGCACUCCUGUCCACUGAGGAAAAACAACAAGUUCUUAAGGCUACCAUGGCAAACUAUAACGCAGCUAGGGAACAUGGCAUUCAAACUAAUCACGAUGCCGCAGCCUUAUGGCCUGAGCCUCUGGUUCUCUUUAGCCCCAGCUAUGAAGUCGACCCCAAUACAGAUCAGGGCACCCUCAUCCUCCAGAGAGCCAGGGAUUUUAUCCUUCAAGGACUAAAACUGGGUGUCCCAAAAACAGUGAAUUUCCAUCGUGUUCAUCAAAUCCUCCAAAAUCCCAAAGAAUCUCCUGCUGAUUUUCUGAAUCGUUUGAAAGAUGGGUUCCGGAGAUUUACUGACCUUGAUCCUGAUAAUCCAGCUAACGAUGUUUUACUGAAAAUGACUUUUGUGGGCCAAAGUGCCCCUGACAUAAGGAAAAAAUUGCAAAAACUGGAAACCCCAACUGCUAAAGACUUAGAAACCCUUGUUCAGACAGCCUUCACUGUGUAUGCCCAGAGAGAGGAAGAAGAAGAAAAGAAAGAAGACAGAAGAAUGAGAAAGCAAGCUGCUCUCUUGGCAGCUGCUUUGAGUCCCCAAAAAAGAGGGAGGGGAACUUCAGCUAAACCCCCCCUCCAGAGAGACCAGUGUGCCCGGUGUCACCAAUCUGGCCAUUGGAAGAGAGAAUGUCCUCUUGAACAACGAAUUCCCAGUCGAGGACGAGGACAAUACAGGGGGCGGGGAGGGUUCAGGCCAGAAGCCCCAGCUCCCUCAUCCCUUAUGUCAGCCCAGGCAUCUGAAUUUUAUCCUGAAAACUAUUGA